AUGGCAGGCAUCCAGACUCGGUCCGCCAUGGCGGCUCCUUUUUCUCUAUCCGUGGCCUUCCGCAACCUCUCUGUGUCGACUCCAAAGCGUUCGUUCUCCACGACAUUGGCACCCAAGGCCAACAAACCGCUCCCCGAUCACAUCCCACCCUAUCCCUAUGGUCCGAAGCAGUGGUACAAGCAGGCCGACACUGGUCUGUACGGCGGUGCUAUGAUUCGUUUCGGUAACAAAAUCUCCGAUGGUCGCAACGAGGGCAAGACGCGCCGAAGCUGGAAGCCCAACGUCCGCCGGAAGAAGAUCUACAGCGAUGCUCUCGACGAACACCUCUUCAUCAAGGUAACACGCAAAGCUCUGCGCACAAUUCAGAAGGAAGGAGGUCUCGACAACUACCUCCUGGGCAAUUCACCAUCCCGCAUCAGAGAGCUCGGCAUGUUCGGAUGGCGACUUCGGUGGCAAGUGAUGCAGACUCCCAAAAUCCAGGAGCGGUUCCAUAAACAGCGAAAGGCCAUGGGUCUCCCGGAGCCGAAGACUUUUGAGGAGUGGAUUAAGGAUAAGGAGGAGGAGAUUCAAGCGACGAUCGAGGAGCGACUCAACAUCAAGUCUGCUACGACGCCUCGCCGCAAGGGUCAGGCCGACCCCCAGAAGGUAUCACAGGAGUCUCUUGAAUCACUGCCUCUGUGA